AUGCGCUCGCGUGACCGACUUCAUCGAAUACUUAUUCUGAACGUCAUCCAGCAAAACAUAUCCCAGGCAUAUGUUAGCGGCAUGAAGGAAGACUUGUCGCUAUACGGGAAUGAGCUCAACUACUUUACGACGUGGUUCAGCGUCGGGUACUGCAUUAUGCUCAUCCCCUCGCAGAUUAUAAUGACCCACGUCCGUCCGAGUCUAUGGCUCCCCGGGCUCGAGAUUGUUUGGGGCGUUAUGACCGGCCUCAUCGCGACCUGUCACAACGCGAAGCAGAUAUACGCACUGCGCGCCUUUCUCGGUCUCUGUGAGUCGUCCGCCUGGCCGGGCAUGAUGGUGCGCUCGCGACCCCAAGGGUACACGCCGACAGAAUUGGCUAAGCGCAUGGGCUUCUACCACUCUUGUCAGGCCAUCGGAAGCAUGAUGUCCAACGCUCUGCAAACCGCCAUGCACGAGACUCUCGAUGGCAAGGCUGGCUUGGCCGGAUGGAGAUGGAUGUUCAUCAUCAACGCCAUCAUGACCGUCGUCGUCGGCCUCUUCGGCUUCUUCCUCAUCCCCGACUACCCCAACCGGCGCAACCCGCUCGCCUUCUGGUUCACCAAGGCGGACGCCGCGCUCGCGAUGGAGCGCCUCGAGCGCCAUAAUCGGGCGGAGCCGAAGAGGAUGGAUUUGAAGGCGAUUAAACGCACUUUCUCGAGCUGGAUGGUCUACUUCAUUACCAUCUUGUAUACCGCGACCGUGCUGGCAUCCUGGGGAUAUGCUUACUUCUCGCUCUGGCUGAAAAGCCUCAAGAACCCGGACGGUUCUCAGCGGUGGGACGUCGCGCACAUCAACGUCAUUCCGAUCGGAGGGUACGGCUCAUCCAGGUCUCCUACAUUUUGGAUCUGGGCCUUCCUCUCGGACUACUUCAAGAACCGUCACUGGCUCAUCGUGGCUCAGUCGGUCAUCGGACUCGUGCCCGCUAUCAUCAUGUCGGUGUGGAACGUCCCUGAUAGCGCGAAGUACUUCUCGUACUUCAUCAGCUACGUCCCCCUCGGCACCGCGCCGCUUAUCAUGAGUUGGUUGUCCGACCUCAUCCCCCAAGACCCUGAGCAGCGCGCACUGGUCGUCGGUGUCGCCAUCGCCAUCUACUACGCCAUUUCCGCCUGGUCCCAGGUCCUCAUCUGGCCCGCGAAGGAGGCGCCGCACUACUCCUUCGGCUGGCAGGUAUCGAUCGCGCUGUGGAUCCUGGUAAUCGGGAUGACUGUUGCGUUGAGGCAUAUCGACUUGCGGUAUUUGUUGUAA